UUGCAGGCGGGAACUUGAACAUUCGACUCAACCAAUCAGCAUCCACUGGAGCAUCGGCGGUGCUUGCCAAGGAUAUAGCUUCACGCAGCCACAUUGCUUUGUAGCAUUUCGACGUUAUAUAUUUUCAAUAUUUACUGUCCACCAAGGCAUAGUAAUUAGGCGUUAAGGUCAAGGAUCAGUUGCAUCGGAACGACACUAAACCGAAGCGAUGACUGGCUCAAACGAGUACAAGCUAAACCAGGGACCAGAGGACAGCAUCUCUGCCGUCAAGUUCAGCCCCAGCGCAACCCAGUUCCUGCUGGUUUCCUCCUGGGAUGGCACUGUCCGUCUCUUUGAUGUCGGAAGUAACACCAUGCGGAUGAAGUACCAGCACUCUGCUCCAGUUCUUGACUGUGCUUUUUAUGACCCAACACAUUCUUGGAGUGGAGGUUUAGAUGCACAAUUAAAAACUCAUGAUUUGAACACAGACCAAGAUACAAUAGUUGGAACACAUGAUGCCCCCAUUCGUUGUGUGGAAUACUGCCCAGAGGUUAAUGUCAUGGUAACGGGCAGCUGGGACAGAUCAGUUCGGCUGUGGGACCCAAGGACGCCCUGCAAUGCUGGAACAUUUACUCAGCCCGAAAAGGUGUACACCCUGUCUGUGGCUGGAGAUAGACUGAUCGUUGGCACAGCUGGAAGACGAGUCCUGGUGUGGGAUUUGAGGAACAUGGGCUACGUACAGCAAAGACGAGAGUCCAGUCUCAAGUAUCAGACUCGCUGCAUUAGAGCCUUCCCCAACAAACAGGGCUACGUCUUGAGUUCAAUCGAGGGGCGUGUAGCUGUGGAGUACCUGGACCCAAGCCAGGAGGUUCAGAAGAAGAAAUAUGCCUUCAAAUGCCACAGACUGAAGGAGGAGGGAAUUGAGCAUGUUUACCCUGUCAAUGCCAUCUCAUUUCACAGUAUUCAUAACACCUUUGCCACAGGUGGCUCAGACGGCUUUGUGAACAUCUGGGACCCGUUCAACAAGAAGCGCCUGUGUCAGUUCCACAGGUACCCGACCAGCAUCGCAUCGCUGGCCUUCAAUAACGACGGCACCAUGCUCGCCAUCGCCGCCUCCUAUAUGCACGAGAGGGGAGACAUCAGCCACCCAGAGGAUGCCAUCUUCAUCCGCCAAGUCACAGACGCCGAGACGAAACCCAAGUCAACUUAAGUCGGUCUUGGAAUGGUUCCCUCUGCGUAUGAACCCUUUCAUCACAUUUGGGUUAUCUGCUGGCAUCCAGUGUACCAUUACCAUAUAGUUUGCUGUCAUUUCUUCCCAUUCCAAAAAAACAGCUUUUUCUUUCUUGUAAGUGUUUGUUCAAACGUUUCUCUUUUGUGGCUCUUGUUAAAUAUGUCAUUGUUUCAUGUAUGUUCUGACAACCAGCUUUUGUUUUCUUGACUAAAAUGGAUUUUUAUAUACACUUUUUUCAACAUUUAAAGUCAUACUGAAGCUGUCUUUGGAUCAGUCUUGUAACACUGAUACUAUUUUGACGCUUUGAUGGUAUAAUAAAACAUUUUUAUCUCAAA